AUGGCUUGUUCCUUCCUAUUCCUAGCCUUCCUGGCGGCGGCGGCGUGUCUGUCAGCUGCUGCCGCCACGGGCAAGCUUGUUCCCCCGUCGGAGACGUCGUCCCUCUCCUUGGGGGAGGGCUACACGCAGCUGUUCGGGGACUCCAACCUCGCGCUCCACGGCGGGGGCAAGAGGGUGCACAUCUCCCUCGACGAGCGGACAGGCGCCGGGUUCGCGUCGCAGGCCGCGUACCUCCACGGGAGCUUCAGCGCCCGCAUCAAGCUGCCCGCCGACCACACCGCCGGCGUCGUCGUCGCCUUCUACAUGUCCAACGGGGACGUGUACGAGCGGACGCACGACGAGCUGGACUUCGAGUUCCUCGGGAACGUGCGGGGCAGGGAGUGGCGGGUGCAGACCAACGUGUACGGUAACGGCAGCACGGCGGUCGGACGGGAGGAGCGCUACGGCCUCUGGUUCGACCCCACGGAGGACUUCCACCGCUACGCCAUCCACUGGAGCCGCCACAGGAUCAUAUUCUACGUCGACGACACACCGAUCAGGGAGGUGGUGGACUACAAGUACGCGCCCUACGUCGCCGAGUUCGCCGACCUCGAGCUCCGCGGCUGCGCUGUCGGCCCCGCUACGGCGUGCGCGACGCCUGGCAGUGGCAGUGCCAGCGACGGUGAUGCCUACGGCCACGCUGCCGCGAUGUCGCCCGCGCGGCGUUCGGCGAUGGAGGCGUUCCGGGCGCGGUACAUGACGUACGGCUACUGCUACGACCGCCUCCGGUACCCUGCGCCGCUGCCUGAGUGCAGCGUCGGCGCGGAGGCCGCGGCGUUCCUCCCGUCGGGUGACGCGCGGGCGGCAUUGCAUAGGCACGGUAGGCGCAACCGGAUGCGCCGCGGCGCGGACUCUGCCGUCUGA